GGCGGCCCUCGCCUUUAAACGUCUGCGGACAGUCGGCAAAGGAAAGGCCCGGGUCAGUCGGUACACUAUGCUCUUGAGCUCCUUGCCAGAGUGCGCCUGAGCCUCCCGGACCUCGGUGUUCCCGCAGGUCUCGGGCUGCCUUCUCACCGCGAUGCAGGGGUGCGCGUUGUUCCCCGCCGCGCUGGCCGCGCUAGCCACGCUGGCUGUGUUGGCGCUGGCUCGGGAGCCCCCGGCGGCGCCGUGCCCUGCACGCUGCGACGUGUCACGCUGUCCGAGCCCUCGCUGCCCGGGGGGCUAUGUGCCGGACCUCUGCAACUGCUGCCUGGUGUGCGCCGCCAGCGAAGGCGAGCCCUGCGGCAGUCCCUUAGACUCGCCAUGUGGGGACAGUCUGGAGUGCGUGCGCGGGGUAUGCCGCUGCCGUUGGACCCACGCCGUCUGUGGUACAGACGGGCACACCUAUGCCGACGUGUGCGCGCUGCAGGCCGCCAGCCGCCGUGCGCUGCAGAUCUCUGGAACGCCCGUGCGCCAGCUGCAGAAGGGCGCCUGCCCCUCGGGUCUCCACCAGCUGACCAGCCCGCGGUACAAGUUCAACUUCAUUGCCGAUGUGGUGGAGAAGAUCGCACCAGCCGUGGUGCAUAUAGAGCUCUUCCUGAGACACCCUCUGUUUGGCCGAAAUGUGCCACUGUCCAGUGGUUCAGGCUUCAUCAUGUCAGAAGCUGGUUUGAUUAUCACCAACGCCCACGUGGUCUCCAGUUCCAACACCGCCUCAGGCCGGCAGCAGCUGAAGGUGCAGCUGCAGAGCGGGGAUGCCUAUGAGGCCACCAUCCAGGACAUUGACAAGAAGUCGGACAUCGCCACUAUCGUAAUCCACCCCAAGAAAAAGCUCCCUGUGUUGCUCCUGGGUCACUCAGCAGACCUGCGGCCUGGCGAGUUCGUGGUGGCCAUCGGCAGCCCCUUUGCCCUGCAGAACACUGUGACAACGGGCAUUGUCAGCACUGCCCAGCGGGAUGGCAAGGAGCUGGGCCUCCGAGACUCAGACAUGGACUAUAUCCAGACAGAUGCCAUCAUCAAUUAUGGGAACUCUGGAGGACCCCUGGUGAACCUGGAUGGUGAGGUCAUCGGCAUCAACACACUCAAAGUUGCAGCUGGUAUCUCCUUUGCCAUCCCCUCAGAUCGCAUCACGCGCUUCCUCUCCGAGUUCCAAAACAAGCAUGUGAAAGACUGGAAGAAGCGCUUUAUUGGCAUCCGGAUGCGAACCAUCACGCCAAGUUUGGUGGAGGAACUGAAGGCCGCCAACCCAGACUUUCCAGCAGUCAGCAGUGGAAUCUACGUGCAAGAGGUCGUUCCUAACUCACCUUCUCAGAGAGGAGGCAUCGAAGAUGGCGACAUCAUCGUCAAGGUCAAUGGACGUCCCCUGGUGGAUUCCAGUGAGCUGCAGGAGGCUGUUUUGAAUGAGUCCCCACUUCUGCUGGAAGUGCGGCGGGGCAAUGAUGAUCUUCUCUUCAGCAUCACCCCUGAGGUGGUGAUGUGAGGCUGCCUGCCUCCAGUGCCAUGCCAAUGCCUGUAGAAGGUGGGGAUCCCAACCUUCAUGAGAUCAGAACAAAGGGCUACUGUGGUCCUCAGCAGGGCCGGCAGUCUCCUCUCUGAGUCCAAUGCUGAGUCCCAGGCUGGGCCUAACCCGGGGUCUGGAUCUCAGCCUUGGUCCUGAAUCCCAGGUUCCAGUAAAGGAAGCACAGUGUCCCCUGGACCAGAUAGAUGCUCCUGAUAUUACCGUCUGAGUUCUCUGGACCUAGAGGCUCUUGGAAACUUCCAUGGAAGUCUCUCCUAACCCCCAGCUUCCCACCCUUUCCCUGAGGAAGGCCUGCCCUGCUCCCAUCCCACCUCCGCUCCCUUGUAUCCCAGGGCCUAGA